CCACAGCAAGCAAAUGAUCGCGGAGCGACAGACGAGAAGGAUUAUCUUGAAUUUCUUUUUUUUUUUCAUCAUUAUUAUUAUUUAAAUCAAGCACAAUUGGGGAUCAUUUGUCGCACACCAUCCCAAAAAUAAAAAGAGGAGGGGUUUGAAGGAAAACAAGUCACCCCGAUUUCCCGAUACAGUAUACAUUUAUCCUGGAGCCGGACCUUUGAAGUGCACCAUUAUGUUGAACAACAUGGAUUUGAACGCGAAAGAUUCUUUUUACCCUCAGUUUGACAAUUGCAGCGGCUCUUCUCUGGGCAUGGACGCCGGCGCGAGGAAGGACAACCGAGACGCGUUCGGCGACGCGGAGCGCUCGGUGCCCGCGCAGUUCGGCCACGAAGGAGCCCCCGCGACCCUCAAAACCGAAGCUUCCAACUCGGAAUACGCGUUUAACCCUUGCGAGGGCCCCAAAGACGCCUACACUCCCUCCUCGCUCGCCUACUCCGGCAGCUUCUACGUGGAAGCUUCUCAGGGGGCGCCGUGCACCACCGAGACCCUCCUCAACAUGAUCACCGAGAUCGUGGGCAUAUCCACGAUGCAGCUCUCCGAGGCCCAGCAGCAAAGCGCCAACAGCCGGGGGGCUUCAUACACCCCCCCUGUGGACAGCGCGCAGUUUGGAGACGUCAAGAGGCAACCUUUCACCUGCUCGGCGCCCACCCCGCCGGCGUACCCCUCUUCCUCUUCCGACCACCAGACCGGGUUCUCCCAGGAUCAGGCCGAACCCCCUGCGCCGGAGCCGUCCACCUCCCAAUUAGGCUUCGCCAAAACCGAGCCCAAGUCCGAGGCGGCUUCCUUCCCGGUGGUGGUCAAGAAUGAGUUUGAGAGCUAUGAAUGGGGGGCUUUUUGCAAAUCCGACUGCUUGGAGAGCGGCUUCCACACGGAGACGUUCCCCAUGUCCAGCGACUUCCCACCCGAGCAGCAAAUGGACGUGAAGGAACUUUUGGACACCUUCCCCGCCAUGUGCCCCAAUCCGGACGUGGAGUUCAAAGUGGAGGGGGGCAUCAAGCAGGAGCAGUGUUUCUCCGACACGUGCUCCCAGGGCUACUCGUACAACGGCUACCUCCCCCCGCCGAUGGGUCUGAAGCCCUACCCCGAAGCCCCCCCUGCAUCCAACCAGUGUGACUCCAUUUACGCUUCCCCGGCUUUACCCAGCACCAUAGACUCCAUCCUCUACUCCUCCUUGCUUCCCGACUCCUUCGCCCAAAGUUACACCACGCGUGCCGCCGCCACUUCCACCUCCGGCACCACCGCCGCCAAGCCCCCCAGAGCCCGGAAGAGCACAUCCGGAUCGACUUCGCACGGCCCUCCUAAAGAGAAGCCCUUCACCUGCCCCAUGGAGAGCUGCGACCGCCGCUUCUCGCGCUCGGACGAGCUCAACCGCCACAUCCGCAUCCACACGGGUCACAAGCCCUUCCAGUGCCGCAUCUGCCUGCGCAGCUUCAGCCGGAGCGACCACCUGACGACGCACACCCGGACUCACACGGGGGAGAAGCCGUUCUCCUGCGACGUGUGCGGCAAGCGCUUCGCCCGCAGCGACGAACGCAAGCGGCACGGACGCGUGCACCAGAAGCAGAAGGAGAAAAUGGAGCUGAAGCCCCAAGUGACUCCCAACGCGUGGCCCUUCACUCUGCCCGAGGGCAUUUGAAGACGAGGCUCCCCCACGCAUCGUAUCGCACGCACACCACAUUUUCGGAUUUUUCUCUCUCGGAAGACACGACUUCAAGUCAGUUUGGGAUGGAGAGCGUAACAGGCACGCCGAUUUGACCCACGGGUGGAUUAAGACGUCAGGUGAACAUUGACGUGUGGCCGUCAGUGGUGGAGGCAAGCGUGGCUGUUUGCUGCGUGACUGCUGCUGUUCAGUUCAGCACCUCCGCGGCCGGACAGCUCCUAGCUCACUCCCAUCCCGCCUCUCAUCGCCCACGGGUGGAUUGCACUUGCAGAUUUCUAUCGAGAUUUUCAACUAAGAAUGUUCUAUUUUUUUCUCUCUUUUUUCCAGUUAUUGGACUAUGUUGCUCAAUGCAUGUUUGAUUUUUUUUUUUUUUUUUUCUUACCUGAAAUAGCGCCCCCUCCUUCAAUCAUGUCACAGUGGAGGGGGGGUUAUUCAAAUGAAUGUAAGCUAAUAUAUUUAUGGUUUGGGCCAUAAAGUUUGGAUCAAACUUAGUGUUUGUUUAUACUUCCUAUCAUUUAGCCGUCAGUGUUUUUUGUCAUUGGACUUUGUGUUGUUCAAAUUGUGAAAGAUAUAUAAUUAAUGGCAAAUAAAUAUAUUUGUAUGACUGUACUUCCUUGUAUUUUUAUAGCUGAGUGUAUAUUUUACAUUUAUGACAAUUGAGCCUCGUUUUCUGGGGGUAUUCAAAUAUCCUUAAUCAUGUAUUGGUUUUCGAGGGCUAUAUUGUUGAGUAACUCAGUAUUUGAAAUGUCACCGUUUGAUAUCUGAAACUUUUCUUGGGCACUUCAUCCGACAAGCGUUGUUACACUGAAUGAGUCAUCAGGUAGCACAUAUUGCUGCAAGCUUGGGUUCAGCCAUGAAGGACUUUUUGAUGUAAUGUAUCUUUUGCUUGGAAGAUGCUGCAACUUGAAAAAAUAAAAAAGGUUGUCAGUUUGGUGACAUUGGCACCAACAGGGUACUGCAAAAAAAAAAGAAAAAAAAAUUGAACUCGCCUUAAGUUAUAUUAACUGUUCGAAUUUGCAUACAGUUUCUACAAUACAUGAACUUGAUAUCGAUGUUGUUAUUUUUAUGAAGAUGAUGAACAAAAUAAACAUUUUCUGCCAGCUA